AUGGAGGGCAUCCUGGAGGAUAACCCAUCAUGCCAGGACGACUCCCAACCGCGACGUCCGAUCUCAGAACACCAUGAAGCCACAAACCAAGCAAAAAUAGCAAGCACCGUCCACCACGCAAACGAGGACGUCACGACGGACCCACAACAUCCCGAGAAAGCCAGGGACAAAGCGGCACAAAUCAUCCAGGAUCUCUGUCUCCGAGUCCAAGAACUUGAAGGCAAGCUAAGCGACCGGGAAAAACACAAUAACGAGCAUGGAAGCCAGGCAACUUCCAGGUCAAGAUCCCACCACGGAAGGUCGCCAAUCCGGCAGCACAAUAGGAGAGAUGGUCGCAGCACCUCACGCAACCGCCGACGCGAGAAGUCGCCCGAACGACGAUACGACAAGAAACACCAUCGCAGCGAUUCUCGGGAUGUAAACCGUCAGCAUGAUUCAGACGAAGACCGGAGAUACCGAAGCACCAAACGCACGAGAAGCGACCAUACUAUAAUGGGAGCUACGCCCUUCACGGAAGGAAUCUUAAGAGCAAAACUCCCCAAAGGUUUCGACAAACCCACCGACAUGAAGUACGACGGAACCAAAGACCCUCAAGAGCACCUAACGGCCUUCGAGGCCAGAAUGAACUUAGAAGGAGCAUCCGACGCAGUCCGAUGCAGAGCCUUCCCAGUAACCCUGGCCGGGCCAGCGAUCAAAUGGUUCAACGCCCUCCCAAACGGAUCCAUAACUAGCUUCCACGACAUCACAAGAAAAUUCAUGGCCCAGUUCACAACCCGAAUCACCAAAGCCAAACACCCUAUCAGCCUGUUAGGGGUCACACAAAGGCAAGAAGAAUCCACAAGAAAAUACCUCGACCGUUUCAACGACGAAUGCCUAACGGUCGACGGACUCACGGACUCCGUUGCCAGCCUCUGCCUAACUAACGGACUCAUGAAUGAAGACUUUCGCAAACAUCUCACCACCAAACCAGUGUGGACCAUGCACGAAAUCCAGAACGUCGCCAAAGAUUACAUCAACGACGAGGAAGUCAGCCAGGUCGUCGCCGCCAACAAACGGCAGCACGCCGCCACCCAACACGACCGAGGCAUCAUCCCCAGAGCCCGACCACUCAAGGAAAGGACAGGAGGAAACAAAACCCUCUACUGCGACUAUCACCGCGGAUACGGCCACAAAACACAAGAUUGUUACGAUCUCAAAGACGCUCUUGAGCAAGCUAUACGAGACGGCAAACUCCCCGAGUUCGUCAAAAUCAUCAGAGAACCAAGGCGCGCCGACAGAGACAAAUCACCAGAAAGAGAAGGACGCAACCCAAGAACCCAAAAACCACCCAGGGAAAACACCGAAGAAGAUCCGACCAUCAUAGUGAACGUCAUCACGGGCAAAGACGUACCAAAUAAAUCAAAACUGACAAUGAAAAAAGACCUCAAGAUAAUGGCCGUCAAAAACCACGACCCAGUAACCAUUGCCGACAGCACGAUAACCUUCUUACCCGAGGACUGCCAGCACGGCACCUCGGCAGGAGAUGCCCCCUUCGUCAUAUCAGCCCGAAUCGGAACAGGACUAGUAAGAAGAAUACUCGUGGACACGGGUGCCGACUCCAAUAUCCUCUUCCGAGGAGCCUUCGACAAACUCGGGCUCCGCAACGACAACCUCCAAACGCAUCGCCACGGCGUCACGGGCCUCGGAGAUAACUUCCUCAAACCAGACGGCUCGGUCACCCUCCCCAUCACCAUAGGAACAAGCAAUCAGAGAAAGACGAUCCUAUCCGAAUUCGUCGUCCUAAAAGACUCCACAGCCUAUAACGUCAUUCUCGGGAGAAAAACAAUUAACGACUUCUCGGCAGUCAUCUUCACCAAAUACCUCCUCAUGAAAUUCAAAGCCGAUGACGGCACCAUCGGAACCAUUCACGGAGACCGAGAAGUUGCAGCCGAAUGCGACAACAAUAGCUUAGCUCUAAGGAAAAAAUCCCGGGACGCGGCCGGAAUAUUCCUUGCCGACCUAGACGCACGGCUUGACGGCCAACCUAGACCGGAACCAGAAGGGGACAUGGAAAAACUACAAAUAGGGCCAACCAAAGAUGAAUACACGUUCAUCAACAGAAACCUCCCACACGACCUCAAAGAAGAACUCUCUCAACUUUUGAAACAAAACAGAGACCUAUUCGCAUUCACACCAGCCGACAUGCCGGGAAUAAGUCCCGAUCUAAUGUCUCACCAUCUGGCAGUAGACCCCCUAGCCAAACCCGUGGCGCAAAGAAGACGGAAAAUGUCACCAGACCGAGCCGCCGAGGUCCAAAAACAAGUAAAGGCCCUGCUCGAAGCCAACUUCAUCCGAGAACUCCCUUACACGACCUGGCUAGCCAACGUCGUACUAGUUAAAAAGACUAACGGGAAGUGGCGAAUCUUCAUGGACGCAUACUCCGGCUACAACCAGAUCCCGAUGCACCGACCAGACGAAGAAAAAACAGCAUUCAUCACCCCAGACGGAACCUACUGCUAUAAAGUAAUGCCCUUCGGCCUGAAAAACGCCGGAGCCACCUAUCAGCGACUCGUAAACAAGAUAUUUCGCAACCUAACCGGGAACAAAAUAGAAGUCUACAUCGAUGAUAUGCUCGCCAAAACGGAAUCCGGGGAGCAACUAACCGACGAUCUAAAGGUCAUAAUGAACACCUUGCGAAAACACCAAAUGCGACUCAACCCAACAAAUUGCGCUUUCGGAAUGGAAGCAGGAAAAUUCCUCGGAUUCAUGAUCACACAACGCGGAGUUGAGGCAAACCCGGAAAAAUGCCGUGCCGUCCUGGAGAUGACAAGUCCCAAGAACCUCAAAGAUAUCCAAAAGCUCACCGGCCGACUAACCGCACUAUCCCGGUUCCUCGGAGCCUCGGCACAAAAGGCAAUUCCUUUUUUCAAACUUAUGAAAAAAGGGAUUCCGUUCAAAUGGGAGAAAGAAUGCGAAGAAGCUUUCCAACACUUCAAAAAGGUCCUAACAGAACCUCCAAUCCUUGCAAAACCUCAAACAGGGGAAACACUAUACUUGUACCUCUCCAUAACGGAAGAAACAAUCGCAGCAGCACUCGUCCGGGAAAACGAGAAAAAGGAACAAAAACCCAUAUACUUCAUAAGCAAGGUGCUACAAGACACGGAAGCCCGUUAUUCACGACUAGAAAAACUGGCUUUCGCACUCCUCUCGGCAUCCCGACGACUACGACAAUACUUCCAGGCCCACCCCAUAACGGUCCGAACCGACCAAACGGUCAAACAAGUAUUACAAAAACCCGACCUAGCAGGAAGAAUGCUAGCAUGGUCCAUCGAGCUAUCCCAAUUCCAGAUCAGGUUCGAGCCCCGAAACGCCAUCAAAGCACAAGCCUUGGCCGACUUCAUCGCCGAAAUGACUCCGACGAAGCUGACACCCGAACCAUGGAAACUGCACGUCGAUGGCUCAUCAAACUCCACUCACGGAGGCGCCGGAAUCAUACUCGAAAACCAAAAUGGGAUCACAAUUGAACAAUCAAUAAGAUACGACUUUCCAGUAUCAAACAACCAAGCAGAAUACGAAGCCCUUUUGGCAGGCCUAAACCUAGCUCGGGAAGUCGGCGCCAAGAUACUCGAGGUUAACACCGAUUCCCAGGUGGUAUGCUCCCAAAUCAACAGGAGCUACCAAACCCGGGACCCCCUGCUCCAACAAUACCUUAAAAAAGUAAGUGAAACAAAAGAAGGAUUCGAAAACGUCUCCAUACAUCACGUCCCCAGGGAACGAAACGCCAGGGCAGAUCUACUUUCCAAACUAGCCAGCACGAAGUCAGGACACGGCAACAGAUCGCUAAUCCAGGAGGUCGUUAAGUCGCCUUCCGUAUCAACGGAAAUCAACGCACACCUAACAUCCUCAAAUCGGGAAUCUUGGACAUACCCGAUCUUGCAAUAUCUCCGCGACGGAAUCCUACCACCAGACCCGAAAGAAGAGAGGAAGAUAAAAAGAGAAGCCGCUAACUACACCAUCAUAGCAGGACAGCUAUACAAACGCGGAUUCUCGCAACCCCUACUCAAAUGUGUAGAAUCCGAGGACACGGAAUAUAUACUCCGCGAAAUCCACGAAGGCUGCUGCGGUCACCACAUCGGAGGAAAAACGCUAGCCCAAAAAAUCAUCAGGGCCGGCUACUUCUGGCCCACAAUCAUUCGAGAUUCCAUACAACUCACAAAAAGCUGCGACAAAUGCCAAAAGCAUGCCAAUAUCCACCAAGCCGCCCCACACCAACUCAGCGUUAUAUCGGCUGAACGGCCAUUCGGCAUUUGGGGAAUCGACCUCGUCGGGCCCUUCCCCACGGCACCCGGCCAACUUAGAUAUCUCAUCGUCGCCAUAGACUACUACACCAAAUGGAUUGAAGCCGAACCCCUGGCCUCCAUCACGGCAACCCAAUGCCGGAAAUUCGUCUGCUCGGUAGAACAUCCCCAAACAAACGGACAGGUGGAAUCCGCCAACAAAAUUAUCGUCAAAGGACUUAAGAAACGACUUGACGAAGCCAAGGGAUUGUGGGCAGACGAGUUGGGAUCAGUCCUAUGGUCAUACCGAACAACACCCCAAACAAGCACGGGAGAAACGCCCUUCCGACUCACAUACGGCGUAGAAGCUGUCAUCCCAGUAGAAAUCGGAGACCCCAGCCCCAGAAAAACGGUUGGAGGUAACGACGAAGAAGCAGAACGAGACCUCAUAGACGAGGCAAGAAGCAUAGCCCACGUCAAAGAAUUAGCACUCAAACAAAGGAUCAGCCUAAGGUAUAAUCACGGCGUCAUCCGACGAGAAUUCGCGGACAACGACCUCGUCCUACGACGAAACAACAUCGGCCUCCCGACCCCAGGAGAAGGAAAGCUCGCACCCAACUGGGAAGGACCAUACAGGGUCAAGGCCGUAAUAGGAAAAGGAGCGUAUAAACUCGAACGACUAGACGGCAGCGAAAUACCAAGAACUUGGAACGCGGCCAACCUACGAAGAUACUAUACUUAA